AUGAGCGCGCGAAAGGAGCCACCCCGUAUCCGGGCUUGUCUUUUCGACAUGGACGGCCUGUUGAUCGACUCGGAGGACAAAUACACGAUGAUCACCAAUGAGGUCUUGCAGAUGUACGGCAAACCGAAUCUGCCUUGGUCGAUCAAGGCCCAGCUCCAAGGACGCCCACAGCCGGAGGCGAGCAAGAUCUUCCAUGAAUGGGCCCAGCUGCCUAUUACUCCGGAAGAAACAGCGGCAAAGCAGGCCUCACUGCAGGCCAAGUACUUUCCACAGUCACAGCCACUCCCUGGUGUGCCGGCUCUGUUGGCGAAUCUGGUUUCGACGCAGUCGACAGAGAACCCUGUUUACAUUGCUUUGGCGACGUCGUCUAACAGUCGCAACUUCUCUCUCAAGACGCAGCAUCUGAAGGACCUCUUUUCGGCAUUCCCAGAAGCCAAUAAGGUCCUUGGUGAUGACCCCCGCAUUGGAAAGGGUCGUGGCAAGCCCUUGCCCGAUAUCUAUCUUCUUGCGUUGGAAACAAUCAACAAGACCAUCCGUAGCAAAGGAGAGACAGAGAUCAAGCCCGAGGAAUGUCUUGUGUUUGAGGAUGCGGUUCCUGGUGUCGAAGCUGGCCGCAGAGCCGGCAUGCAGGUUAUUUGGUGCCCACAUCCAGGUCUUCUAGAAUCGUACAAGGGACGUGAGGAGGAGGUUUUAGCAGGCCGGACAGGAUCGCAUACUGGUGAAAAUGAGAACGCCGGCUCUCUGGGGGAACCAGGCGAUGGUUGGGGUCGAUUAGUGCACACUCUGGAGAAUUUUCCUUAUGAGAACUACGGAAUUCAAUUCCCCGAGCGGCUUCAUCAUGAAGAUAGAAAAGACAAUACACGGUCCUGGAUUUCACUUUAUUAUAAUCGAUAUACCCGAAGAGAUACGUUCAAAAAACAAUUUAUUAGGUUGAACUAG